GAGGCUGUGCGAGUUCGGCGGAGGCGCUCAGAGCUCCGGUAAACGGGGUGAUGGUGAGGGCGCCAGCUACAGAUGAGUAAGAGACAUGUUCGUGCAAGAAAGCCUCCUGAAGUAGGUGACGGAUACAGAAUCUAACAUACUACUCCAUGGAUAUGGAGUUGCCGACAGUAUCCUCAACUCCAUGGACGUUUGUGCCAAGUACCUCACAGUCCGUUUUCUAUGGCGACUUCAACGCGUCGAUCAGCAGUCAGCAGAACAGUACCGAGCUGGGCUGGGGACAGCUCGGGCCAGAGGCCUACCUGGUCCCGAUGUUCUUCGUCAUCAUCAUGGUGGUCGGACUUGUCGGGAACUACUUGGUCAUCUACAUCAUAGUGAAGAACAAGGAGAUGCACACGGUGACGAACUAUUUCAUCCUGAACUUGGCCGUGACAGAUCUGUCCUUCCUGGUGUUCGUCGUGCCCUUCACCGCCAGCACCUACCCGCUCACCAGCUGGGUCUUUGGACAGUUCAUGUGCAAGUUCGUCAUAUACUAUAGCCAGAUCACGGUGACGGCGACGUGCAUCACGCUGACCGCCAUGUCCGUGGACCGGUACUUCGCCAUCGUCCAUCCCAUCAAGUCUAAGCAGUGGCGAACUCCGCGCAUGGCCAAAGUCGUCAGCGCCUGUGUUUGGCUAGGGUCCAUCGUGGGCUCGCUGCCCAUGGCCAUCUACUCCCGCCUGGAGCCGUACGAGUACUACGGGCCGCAGGAGGAGUACUGCUCCAUGUUCUACCCCAGCAGCACCUGGGAGGCCGGAUACAUGACCUACACCUUUGUCGCCGCAUACAUCCUUCCGGUUGUCAUCAUCACGGUGUGCUACAGUCAGAUGCUGCGGCGUCUCUGGACCCGGAUCGCCCCCGACAGCGGGCUCUCCGACACGGACCGAGUCAUGCCCCGCAGAUGCAACAAGGCGGCCAUGCAGCAGAAGCGGCGCACCACGCGGAUCGUGCUGGUGGUGGUGGUGUGCUUCACGGUGUGCUGGGGGCCGAUCAUGAUCCUCAACCUGGUCAAGAGUUACCAUCCCGCCUUCCCGCUCAACUUCCACAUGGCCUGCGUGAAGAUCUGGGCCCACUGCAUGUCCUACGCCAACUCCUCCGUCAAUCCGUUCGUCUACGCCUUCAUGGGGGGAAACUUUCGCAAGGCCUUCCGCAAGUCGUUCCCGCGCUGCUUCCGACGGGCACGCGUGGCGCCGCAGGCGGAGGAGCCUUACUCCAACAGCGACCACCUCAGCCUGCUGUCCCGCAGGCAGGGCGCCGCCCAACGGCAGGCCCUCCCAAUGCAGCCCAUCAACGAAUGUGGGCAAAACAGCCUAAGCACCAUAAGCCCAGCAAUGUAAAGUGGCAUGUAGCUUCCUUCGCAGACUUUCGGAGCGACGGUGUUUAUUUUUGGGGGGAGCGCUGAUUCGUGAUUUUCAACAUGCGCUAAAAUAAACGUUCUCUUUGCCUUGGAACGAACAAAAGCUCCUUGGAAGGAAGUUGGCCUGGAGAAGGAGUAAUGCCGCUUCGAAAGUCUGCGACUGAUAGAAGAAUGCUAGGCGUUAUGGGCAUCAUGGGCCCGGCUAGUGCUGUCUUGACAUUUCCAAAUGUGACCA